AUGGACGAUCAGCAGCAGAUCCAACAGCCGCUAUUGCAGUCAACGAGCCAACUCACAGCACGCCGAGCGACACUUUUGGCUGCAUUGGGCCGGGCAGAGGCAUUUGCGACGGGAUACGAUGUUCAACGUGAUCAAGCGCAGCUACCCCUGAGGUUGGAGUACCUUAACGGCGUCUGGAACAACCUGGAAUCAGUGCAGUCGCAGCUAGAGGACAGCGAAACAACCGAAGAAGGUAGGGCAUAUCAUGCAAAUGUUCGGGCUGAGUUCGAGCCUCGACUUUUCGAAAUUAAAGCCAGUCUGAUUUCCAAAUUACCUCCGCCUUCUGCUUUUGGCGCUCAAGUCCCUCAACCCCCUCAAGUUUCCUCCACUCUCUCUGGGAUCAAAUUGCCAACGAUUUCUCUGCCGGAGUUCGAUGGCGAUUAUAUGCAAUGGCUUGCAUUCCAUGAUACAUUUCUCGCACUCAUCCACUCCAAUCAGGACGUGCCGGAUAUACAAAAGUUCCACUAUUUGCGGGCAGCUGUCAAGGGGGAGGCUGCCCAGUUGAUCGAAUCUAUUGGGAUUAGCUCCGCUAACUAUGUUCUGGCUUGGGAUACGUUGAAAAAUCGGUAUUCGAACGACUAUCUUCUUAAGAAGCGGCACCUGCAGGCACUCUUCGACGUCCCCUGUAUGAAGAAGGAGUCUGCUGCAUCACUGCACGGGUUGGUGGACGAAUUUGAACGGCAUACGAAGAUCCUGAACCAGCUUGGGGAACCGACCGAUUCGUGGAGCACCAUCCUGGAGCAUCUGCUGUGCACACGUCUACACAACGACACGGUGAAGGCUUGGGAGGACCAUGCGUCUACGGUGGCGAACCCAGACUACGCCUGCCUCAUCGAUUUUCUCCAGCGACGAACCCGAGUUUUGGAAUCAAUCUCCGUGAACCACCACGCACCGAAUUCAGCACCUUCUGCUAGUCAUUCCACUCAGCCGCCGAGGAAGAAUCAUCACAAUUCCCAGUUUCGAGUCUCUUCUUGUGCAACUACUACCAAUUCAGGGGAGAAAUGCAUCGCCUGUGGUCAAUCGCAUGCGGUGAUUAGGUGCCAGAAGUUCCUCAACCUUUCGUCGAACGAGCGCCAGCAACUCGUUAAAGCAAAGCGUUUGUGCCACAACUGCAUCAGAGGAAACCACUUCGCUCAAAAUUGUCCAUCCAGUUUUACUUGUCGGAGGUGUAACCGACGCCAUCACACGCUUCUCCACCCUGAACAGUCCGAGGUUCCACGCAGGUCCGGCAGCCAAGCCACAACGCCUAGUUCAACAUCAGCAGCUCCACCCUCUUUGAAUGCUUCGUCUGUAGUCGAGUCGCCUACUCAAUCCAUGGUUGCAGCAUCUGAAACUACACAAAGUGUUGAAGUCAGCACGCCUCUACAAAAUCAUCGUGAAAACGUUUUCCUACUUACCGUGAUUGUGAAAGUCAUCGACGACUACGGUGUAGAACAUCUGGCUCGCGCGCUUCUGGACAGCGCGUCUCAACCAAACCUCAUCACAGAUCGUAUGGCGAAGAUUCUGAGGCUGCGACGACAGAAGGUGGAUGUGACCGUCCAAGGGGCCGGCAAACUCUCAAAUUCGGUACGAGACUCCGUCUUUGCCCAGAUUCAGUCGAGGAAGGGGGACUUCUCGUGCGGCGUCAGCUUCCUGGUGAUGGACAAAUUGACGGCCAACCUCCCUUCGCAAAAUGUUUCAACUGUAGGUUGGAAGAUCCCGACAGACCUGUUUCUCGCCGAUCCAACCUUUAAUGAAAGCCAACCCAUCGACAUGCUACUUGGAGCAAAACAUUUCUACGCGUUCUUCCCCAGCGCUGCACGUAUUGAGCUAGACCAAAACCUCCCCCUCCUGGUCGACAGCGUCUUCGGCUGGAUCGUCGUUGGAUCUUCAAGCACGGCUUCCCCCGCUUUUUGUGCGCCUACGACUUGUGAAGCCGUCACCGUUUCGAUGAUUUCCCUGGAGGAGAGCAUGGAGCGAUUUUGGCAGACAGAAGAACUGACAUCCUCGGACAACUACUCAGUUGAAGAACGGCAAUGUGAAGCCCUGUACCAGUCUACAGUUUCCCGGAACUCUGAAGGCCGCUACGUUGUCCGAUACCCCCGGAAACCCGAAUUCAACCAGCUGCUAGGCAAAUCCAUGGAAAACGCUCGACGACGAUUCGAAUGCUUGGAGAGGAAACUGGAACGAAAUCCGCAAUUGAAGGAAGAUUAUCACCAUUUCAUGAGAGAGUAUCUCUCCCUCGGCCACAUGCGCCUGGUCGAAGCGGACGACGACGAAAACUCUCCGACCUAUUACCUGCCCCACCACCCCGUAAUUAAGGAGGCAAGCACGACGACGACGGUCCGUGUCGUGUUUGAUGGCUCGGCAAAGACCUCCACCGGCUUCUCCCUCAACGAAGCUCUUUGCGUUGGUCCCGUGGUGCAGGACGAUCUUCUCAACAUUAUUCUGCGUUUUCGAACCUUCCCUAUCGCUCUGGUGGGCGAUAUUGCCAAGAUGUACCGGCAGGUACUCAUUCAUCCCGAUGAUACACCACUCCAACGAAUUCUGUGGCGUUUUUCCAAAGAAUCUCCGGUGCAAUCGUACGAACUCCUCACCGUUACGUACGGUCUGGCGCCAUCGUCAUUCCUAGCGACUCGGACUCUCCAGCAACUGGCGGAUGAUGAAGGUCAAGCAUUCCCCGAGGCAGCCCCGGCAUUAAAAAAAAGCUUCUACGUCGAUGACUUUAUUGGCGGAGCUCAAACUGUUGAAGAAGCGGUCCAGCUACGAAACGAACUCAGCGAACUACUGGAGAAGGGUGGACUCGAGCUUCGGAAGUGGACGUCCAAUCGGCUUGAAGUCCUGCAAGGCCUCAGCGAUGAGCAAGUUGGCACGCAAUCUUCUCUUCAGUUUGCUCCGCACGAAACUAUAAAAGCGCUUGGAAUUAGCUGGGAACCAGGAACCGACUGUCUGCGAUUCGAUUCCCAAGUUCGAAAUACCGAUGAGCCUCCAACUAAGCGGUCGAUCCUCUCCGAUAUUGCCAAGCUUUUCGACCCUCUCGGGCUCAUUGCACCUGUCGUGGUUCGCGCUAAGAUCCUGAUGCAAGAACUAUGGCUAUUAUCCUGCGACUGGGACGAACCCGUGCCAGAUCCUGUGAAGUCCAAAUGGGAAUCAUACUACCAAGACCUGUCGAAGAUCUCCGAGCAUCGAGUAGACCGCUACGCAUUCCUUCCCAAUUCGACCGUUCAACUUCAUACCUUUGCAGAUGCCUCCCAAGCUGCAUACGGAGCCUGCACAUACGCGCGAUGUGAAGACGACCAAGGACGAGUGCGUAUACAUCUCCUAGCAUCAAAAUCCCGAGUAGCUCCCCUCAAGCGGCUAACAAUUGCGCGAUUGGAACUGUGUGCAGCCGUUGUAGCAGCUCAUUUGCACGACCGCAUCAAAAAGGCCAUCGGUAUAAACGUGUCGUCAUCAUAUUUCUGGUCGGAUUCAGCGGUUACACUACAGUGGCUUCGAGCACCCCCAAACACCUGGCCAACCUUCGUGGCCAAUCGUGUUUCAGAAGUUCAGCAAUAUACCCACGGCUGUCAAUGGAAACACGUUCGCGGAGUCGAGAACCCAGCCGAUUUGGUCUCGCGCGGCAUGUCUGUCGACGAAUUCCUUUGGAGCGAAUUGUGGAGACAAGGUCCCGGCUGGCUGGCCAACUCGCCGCAAGACUGGCCCGUGUUGAUUCCCCCAGGAGUAUCAGGAGAAGAGUUGGAAAUCAAAACCACCGUUGCGGUCAUCCAAACACCAACAUCCGUUCACCCUCUAUUCCUCCGCUGGUCCUCCUACAGCCGCCUACUACACGUCGUCGGAUACAUGCUUCGUUUCGUCACCAACAUCCGUACCAAAGGCCGUACAAUGCCAUCGUCACCAAGUUCUCCUAUCGGCGCAGCACUUACUGUUGCCGAAAUUGCCAAAGCCAAAACGCUUCUCGUUCGAUUAGCCCAACAAGACGGAUUCGCAGAGGAAAUCAAGCAGCUGAACAAAGAGAAAACUGUCGGCAAACAGUCACACAUACGCCGGAUGAGUCCAUUUUUUGACCCAGAGGGAGUGUUGAGAGUCGGAGGUAGACUGAACUUCGCCCUACUGCCCUACCAAGCCAAACACCCUGCACUGCUGCCUACCAAACAUCCGUUCACGCGCCUGGUUUUCGAACAUUUUCACCGCAAGUUGCUUCACGGCGGCGGGCGCCAACUCCUAACCGCAAUCCGUGAAGAGUUCUGGCCACCCCGUGGCCGCAGACUGGCUCAAACCGUUGUCAGAAACUGUUUCCGCUGCACUCGUCUAAAUCCAACGCCAGCUGUACAACAAAUCGGCCAACUACCAUCCCAGCGGGUCAUUCCAAGCCGGCCCUUCAGUGUCACCGGAGUAGAUUACGCUGGUCCACUUUAUCUUCGUCCCAUCCACAAACGUGCUUCGCCUGCCAAAGCAUAUCUGUGCCUAUUCGUCUGUUUUUCGACAAAAGCGGUUCACUUGGAGCUGGUCAGUGAUUUGUCCACUCAAGGCUUCCUGAAUGCAUUACGUCGUUUCAUCUCUCGACGUGGACGUCCAAAUCAUAUUCAUUCAGACAAUGGCAAAAAUUUCGAGGGGGCAAAGAACGAAUUGACCGAGCUAUUCCACAGGUUCAGCGACCAAGCACAGCAAGACAGUAUAACAUCCGCAUGCGCCGACGAAGGUAUCCUGUGGCACUUAACACCACCCAAAGCCCCACAUUUUGGAGGCCUUUGGGAGGCUGCCGUCAAGGUAGCAAAGCGACAUCUCUAUCGGCAGCUAGGAUCGACACGAUUAUCGUUCGAGGACAUGUGCACGAUUCUCACUCAAAUCGAAGCCGUGAUGAAUUCCCGUCCGCUGCUACCGAUGACCGAAGACCCAAACGAUUUGGCAGCUUUGACGCCGGCACACUUCCUGAUUGGAUCGUCGCUACAGGCCCUGCCCGGCCCAGACCUGCACAACGUACCACCGACUAGACUGGAGCACUACCAGCAGCUGCAGCAACACGUACAACGUUUUUGGGUCCACUGGAGGAAGGACUAUCUCCAAGAGCUGCAGCAUGACACUCGUGGUUGGAAGCGCAACGACGAAAUCAUCCCCGGGAGAAUGGUCAUCCUAGUCGACGAGAUGCAACCCACUUUGCGUUGGCCUCUUGCGCGCAUUGAAUCGGUGAUUCGUGGAAAAGACCAACUAGCCCGAGUUGUUUUGCUGCGCACUUCCCGUGGUACUAUCACUCGUCCCAUCGCCAAAAUAUGCCUGCUUCCGAACACCGUCGUCACCACGAGCUGCGAAAAUCCAUCAGCAUCCACUUCCAAUGAUCAGGAACCAGCACAUUAG